AUGCCCCAGCUUUCAGAGAGCAGCAGGCUGUGUUUACACAGCCGUCCGACAGCAGCCGGUUCUCCUGCUGUGCUGAAAACAAGGUGUGUGUGUGAGGCUGAAUGCGCGCUCAAAGUUAGGAGGAACCGCAGAGCCAGUGUGUGUUAGUGUGAAUGUGAAGAGAACCUGUGCUGCCCUAAAGGUUUCUACUUUGCUGAGAGGAGUGUGGCAAAGACUUCAGAACAGGAGGUGAAAAGAAGAGAAGAGAACAUUUUGUUCUUAGUAAAUACAACUUCUCCACCCUUGCACAUGCUACUGCUUUUUCAGUGAAGAAGUGAGAGGGGGAAGAAAACAAAGGAGGAAUAAUAUUUUGAAAGUGGAAGAUAGGAUGGCGUGCUCUGCCUUUACACUCUGGUAGAGAAGAAGGACUGGGAUUUUAGGAGGGAAAACUGUGUCCAUAAAAAGUUGGUUUGGGAUUUCACAUCAUUUUCUUCAACUGAAACCUAUAGAUUAUUGACUAGAAUCUACGGGUAGAUAGCUAGCUCCUGUCCUGGGGACAGCCCUGCUGGCCUUGUGCUAUGCUGGAGAGCCCACUGGCCCAGGCACGCUACAGAGCUCCAUACCUGAGGAGGUGAUUUAGGCUGAGAAAGAGCAAGGGAGAGCUCCAACAUGGAGCUGGACCACCAGAGAGCAAAGGAGCCCUGUCUCUCCCCGGCAGCGUUUGUUAACCAGGUGCAGUACUCCAACAUCCUGGAGGGGAGGUUUAAACAGCUGCAAGAUGAGCGUGAAGCAGUGCAGAAGAAGACCUUUACUAAGUGGGUGAACUCUCACCUGGGCCGUGUGACGUGCCGCAUCGGGGACCUGUACACUGACCUGAGAGAUGGACGCAUGCUCAUCCGCCUGCUGGAGGUGCUGUCAGGAGAACAGCUGCCGAAGCCCACUAAGGGGCGUAUGCGUAUCCACUGCCUGGAGAACGUGGACAAGGCCCUGCAGUUCCUCAAGGAGCAGAAGGUCCACCUGGAGAACAUGGGCUCCCACGACAUCGUGGACGGGAACCACCGCCUCACCCUGGGUCUCAUCUGGACCAUCAUCCUUCGCUUCCAGAUCCAGGACAUCAGUGUGGAGACUGAGGAUAACAAGGAGAAGAAGUCAGCCAAAGAGGCUCUGCUGCUCUGGUGCCAGAUGAAGACCGCUGGGUACCCCAACGUCAACGUUCACAACUUUACCACCAGCUGGAGAGAUGGCCUGGCAUUCAACGCCAUCGUGCACAAACACAGACCGGAUGUGAUUGAAUUUGACACCCUGAAGCGGUCCAACGCCCACUAUAACCUCCAGAAUGCCUUCAACACAGCAGAGAAUAAGCUAGGCCUCACCAAACUCCUCGACCCAGAAGAUGUCAACGUUGACCAGCCAGAUGAGAAGUCCAUCAUCACCUAUGUGGCCACCUACUACCACUACUUCUCCAAGAUGAAGGCCCUGGCUGUGGAGGGCAAGAGGGUUGGCAAGGUGUUGGACUAUGCCAUUGAGGCUGACCAGCUGGUAGGGAACUAUGAGAGCCUGGCUUCAGAGCUGCUGCAGUGGAUUGAGCAGACCAUCCUCACUCUGAAUGACCGGCAGCUGGCCAACUCCCUAAACGGUGUGCAGAACCAGCUGCAGGCCUUCAACACCUACCGCACAGUGGAGAAACCCCCAAAGUUCACAGAGAAAGGCAACCUGGAGGUGCUGCUGUUCACCAUCCAGAGCAAGAUGAGAGCCAACAACCAGAAGGUGUACAUUCCCAGGGAGGGAAAGCUCAUCUCUGACAUCAACAAGGCGUGGGAGCGUCUGGAGAAGGCAGAGCACGAGCGGGAGCUGGCGCUGAGGAACGAGCUGAUUCGACAGGAGAAGCUGGAGAUGCUUGCGGCUCGCUUCGACCGCAAGGCCGCCAUGAGGGAGACCUGGCUGAGCGAGAACCAGCGGCUCGUCUCUCAGGACAACUUUGGCGUGGACCUGGGAGCGGUGGAGGCCGCCACCCGUAAACACGAGGCCAUCGAGACGGACAUCGGGGCGUACGGGGAGCGUGUGGCGGCCGUGGAGGCGGUGGCCAGGGAGCUGGAGGCAGAGAACUACCAUGACGUGCGUCGCGUGCUGGCGAGGAGGGACAACGUGCUGCGGCUGUGGGAGUAUCUGAAGGAGCUGUUAGCCGCUCGCAGGGAGAGACUCCACGCACACCGAGACCUGCAGAGACUGCUGGAGGAGAUGAGAUACAUCAUGGACUGGAUGGGAGAUAUGAAGGGUCGUCUGCAGUCCCAGGACAGUGGGAAGCAUCUGCAUGAUGUGGAGGACCUGCUGCAGACUCACAACCUGGUGGAGGCAGACAUCUCAGCCCAGGCAGAGAGGGUCCGCGGGGUCCAGAGAGCUGCUCAGCGCUUCACCUCCGACCAACAGGUCUACAAGCCGUGUGAGCCGGCACUGGUGGGAGAGAAGGUGUCUCUGCUGGGCCGGGCCUAUGAGGAUCUGGGCCAGCUGGCAGGGGAGCGGAGGGAGCGCCUGGAGGCCUCACGGCGCCUCUGGCAGUUCCUGUGGGAGAUGGGAGAAGAGGCGGCCUGGAUCAGAGAGCAGGAGCAGAUCCUGUCAGGAGGAGACUGUGGCCGCGACCUCACCUCCGCCCUGCACCUCCUCAGUAAGCACGAGGCCUUCAGGGACGAGAUGGCAGCCCGCUACGGUCCUCUGGGCCACAGCAUCGCCGCCGGACAGACCCUGGUGGAGGAGGGACACUUUGGAGCCCCAGAGUGCACUGAGAGGAUCAGGGACGUACGUGCUCAGUGGGCACACCUGGAGGAGACAUCCCAGCUGAGGGAAGUGCAGCUGAAGGAGGCGGUGGCCCUGCACCAGUUCCAGACUGACGCCAAUGACAUGGAGGCCUGGAUCUUGGAGACGCUGCGCCAGGUGUCCAGCCAGGAGGUGGGCCACGACGAGUUCUCCACCCAGACCCUAGCCCGCAAGCAGAGAGAGGUGGAGGAGGAGAUCCAGAGCCACCGCACCCUCAUCGACUCCCUGCAUGAGCAGGCCCUCGGCCUGCCCCCGGUCCAUGCAAACUCCCCUCAGGUGGAGGGGCGUCUGCCUGCUAUUGAGCAGCGCUAUGAGGAGCUGGAGUCUCUGUCUGCAUCGCGGCGUCAGGCCCUGGAGGGGGCACUGGCCCUCUACCGCAUGUACAGCGAGGCGGGCGCCUGCCAGCUGUGGGUGGGGGAGAAGGAACAGUGGCUGGACGGCAUAAUGAUCCCCACUAAACUGGAAGACCUGGAGGUGGUGCAGCAGAGGUUCGAGACCCUGGAGCCUGAGAUGAACAACCUGGGGACUCGUAUCUCUGAUGUCAACCAGGUGGCCCAGCAGCUCCUGGGAUCAGACAACCGCAGCAAAGAGCAGAUCCACCAGACACAAGACCGGCUUAACAACAGGUGGAAGGAGUUCCAGCGUCUGGCAGACCAGAGGAAACAUGCCCUGGAGUCGGCCCUCAACAUCCAGAACUAUCACCUGGAGUGUAACGAGAUCCAGAGCUGGAUGAGAGAGAAGACCAAGGUGAUCGAGUCCACCGAGAGCCUGGGCAACGACCUGGCUGGUGUCAUGGCCCUGCAGCGCAAACUCACCGGCAUGGAGAGAGACCUGGAGGCCAUUCAGGGUAAGUUGGACGACCUGAGAAAUGAGGCAGAGAAGCUGGCUGAGGAGCACCCGGACCAGGCCGAGGAGAUCCAUGCCCACCUGGGGGGGAUCCAGGAGGUGUGGGAGGAGCUCAACGCCACCAUGAAGCGUCGUGAGGAGUCUCUGGGCGAAGCCAGUAAGCUGCAGGGAUUCCUCCGGGACCUGGAUGACUUCCAGUCCUGGCUGUCCCGCACGCAGACCGCCGUGGCGUCCGAGGACAUCCCCACCUCGCUGCCAGAGGCUGAGCGCCUGCUCUCCCAGCACGAGAGCAUCAAGAAUGAAUGGGACAACUACAAGGAGGACUAUGAGAAGAUGCGGGCGGUGGGUGACGAAGUGACCCAGGGCCAGACGGACGCCCAGUACAUGUUCCUGGCCCAGAGGCUGCAGGCUCUGGACACCGGCUGGCAAGAUCUGCGCCGCAUGUGGGAGAACCGCCACAGCCUGCUGGCCCAAGCUUUUGACUUCCAGACCUUCCUGAGAGACGUCAAGCAGGCUGAGGGCUUCCUCAACAGCCAGGAGUAUGUGCUGUCCCACACUGAGAUGCCCUCCAGCCUGCAGGGAGCAGAGGAGGCCAUCAAGAAGCACGAGGACUUCCUGACCACCAUGGAGGCCAGCGAGGAGAAGAUCACGGGCGUGGUGGAGGCUGGACGCCGCCUGGUCAAUGACCUCAACGCCAACUCCGACAAGAUCCAGGAGAAGGCCGACUCCAUCCAGGAGAGACAUCAGAAGAAUAGGGAAGCUGCAAAUGAACUCCUUUCUAAACUGAAGGACAACCGCGAACUUCAGCACUUCCUGCAGGACGGACAGGAGCUGACUCUGUGGAUCAAUGAGAAGAUGCUGACAGCUCAGGACAUGUCAUAUGACGAGGCCAGGAACCUCCACAGCAAGUGGCAGAAACACCAGGCCUUCAUGGCUGAGCUGGCCUCCAACAAGGACUGGCUGGACAAGAUCGACAAGGAGGGCCAAGUGCUGGUGACAGAGAAGCCGGAGCUGCAGCCUGUUGUCCAACAGACUCUUGAAGGCCUGCAGAGCCAGUGGGAGGAACUAGAGAGCACUACGCGCGCCAAGGCACAGUGCCUCUUCGAUGCCAACAGGGCGGAGCUUUUCACCCAGAGCUGCUCUGCCCUGGACAUUUGGCUGAAGAACCUGUCAGGACAGCUGCAGAGUGACGACUUCGGAAAGGAUCUGACAUCCGUCAACAUCCUGCUCAAGAAGCACCAGAUGCUAGAGCACCAGAUGGAGGUGCGUGAGAAGGAGGUGCAGUCGCUGCAGUCCCAGGCGCUGGCGCUCUCCCAGGACGAUGCUGGUGUGGCGGUGGUGGAGGUGGACAGCCAGCAGAGGAGAGUCACUGACAGCUUCUCCCAGCUCCAGGACCCCCUCAACCAGAGGAGGCAGCAACUGCUGGCAUCCAAGGAGGCCCACCAGUUCAACAGAGACCUGGAGGAUGAGAUUCUGUGGGUGAAGGAGAGGAUGCCCCUGGCCACCUCCACAGACCAUGGCAAGGACCUGCCCAGUGUACAGCUGCUCAUCAAGAAGAACCAGACUUUGCAGAAGGAGAUCCAGGGCCACCAGCCCCGUAUUGAUGACAUCCAGACCCACCACCGGGGUAUGUCCCCAGGGAAGGAGGAGGUGGAUGGGGAGUGGCAGUCUGCUCUGGAGCAACGUCUGGUGGAGCUCCGGGACUCCUGGGCCCAGCUCAUCGCUGAGACAGAUGAGCGCCACGCCCGGCUAGUGGAAGCUAACCGCGCCCAGCAGUUCUACACAGACGCUGCCGAGGCCGAGGCCUGGAUGGGAGAGCAGGAGCUACACAUGAUGUCAGAGGACAAGGCCAAGGAUGAGCAGAGUGCUCUGGUGAUGGUGAAGAAGCACCAGACACUAGAACAGGCCCUGGAGGACUACGCCCAGACCAUCCACCAGCUGGCCAACAGCAGUCGCACCAUGAUGACCAGCGAACACCCAGAGAGCGAGCGUAUCAACCUACGGCAAGCCCAGGUGGACAAGCUGUACGCAGGGCUGAAGGACCUGGCUGAGGAGCGUCGUGGGCGUCUGCAGGAGAGGCUGAGGCUGACCCAGCUGAAGAGAGAGGUGGACGACCUGGAGCAGUGGAUCGCUGAGAGGGAGGUGGUGGCUGGAUCCCAUGAGCUGGGACAGGACUACGAACAUGUCACCAUGCUGCGGGACAAGUUCCGAGAGUUUGCUCGGGACACCAGCACCAUUGGCCAAGAGCGCGUGGACGCCGUUAACGCUCAGGCCGAUGACCUCAUUGAGUCGGGUCACCCUGAGAACGCCAGCGUGGCAGAGUGGAAGGACGGGCUGAACGAGGCAUGGGCCGACCUGCUGGAGCUGAUCGACACGCGCACCCAGAUGCUGGCCGCCUCCUACGAGCUGCACCGCUUCCACCAGGACGCCCGCGAGGCCAUGGGGAGGGUCCGGGAGAAGAAGGAGGCGCUGCCCUCUGACCUGGGCCGUGACCUCAACACCGUCCAGCACCUCCACCGACAGCACAAUGCCUAUGAGCACGACAUCCAGGCCCUCAGUGGACAGGUGAACCAGGUGCAGGACGACGCAGCGCGGCUGCAGAAGGCCUACGCUGGGGAGAAGGCUGAGGAGAUCCACCGGAGUGAGCGCUCUGUCACUGAGGCCUGGGAGGGUCUGCUGGGGGCCGGCCAGGCUCGCCGUCACCUCCUGCUGGACACCGUGGAGAAGUUCCGCUUCUUCAACAUGGUGCGUGACCUCAUGCUGUGGAUGGACGGGGUAAACCUGCAGAUCGACGCCCACGACAGCCCCAGGGACGUGUCCUCUGCAGGGCUGGUUAUAGCCAACCAUCAGGACAUCAAGUCUGAGAUCGAGACCCGGGCAGACAGCUUCACCGCCUGCAAUGAGAUGGGACACUCUCUCAUCAACAACAACCACUAUGCAGCUGAUGAGAUCCGGGAGAAACUGGACCAGCUCCAAGGCAAGAGGGAUGAGAUCAACAACAAGUGGCAGGACAAGAUGGACCACCUUCAGAUAGUUCUGGAGGUGCUGCAGUUUGGCCGGGAUGCAUAUGUGGCAGAGACUUGGCUGGCAGGCCAGGAGCCCCUGGUGCGGGGGGCCGAGCUGGGCUCUAACGUGGACGAGGUGGAGAGCCUGAUCAAACGCCACGAGGCCUUUGAGAAGCUAGCCGCCGGCUGGGAGGAGCGCUUCACCCUGCUGGAGAAACUUACUACGCUAGAGGAGCAGGAGAUCCAGAGGCAGAGAGAGGAGGAGGAGAGGGCGAGGCGACCCCCUACACCACCACCUACAGAAGAGGUGGCCCCGUCUGAGGCUGAAACACAUGAUGCCAGGACCAGCCUGGACCAGACCACACUGAACCAGUCAGUAUCAGUGAAUGGAAUCCACAGCGACCAGGACACCUCACAGGGUUCUGACUCUGACUCUGUGAAUGGUCCGGGGAGAGACAGCGGGCUGGCGUCUUCACGCCUCGACCCGUCUGCCACACUACCCAGCAAGAGAGCUGACCCUGGCACAGAUGCCAUGGAGGGCAUGCUCUACCGCAAGCAGGAGAUGGAGUCCCACGCCAAGAAGGCAGCUAGCAGCUUCUCUCUCUCUUCCCAUAGGUCCUGGCAGAAUGUGUACUGUGUUCUGCGUAAGGGCAGCCUUGGCUUCUACAAGGACCAGAAGAGCGCCUCCAGCGGGAUCCCCUACCACGGAGAAGUCCCCAUCAGCCUGGGAGAGGCUGUGUGUGAGGUGGCACACGACUACAAGAAGAGGAAACACGUCUUCAAGUUACGGCUAGGUGACGGUAAGGAGUUCCUGUUCCAAGCUAAAGAUGAGACGGAGAUGGCCUCGUGGAUCCACUCCAUUCAUAGCUCCAUCCCAGCAGGGGGGUCAGGAGACCUCUCCCCCGGAGGCCCCAGGGCCCUGAGCCGAGCCAUGACUAUGCCCCCCAUCUCCCCCAGCUCAGCAGACGCUGCCGGAGUCACCAUGCGCAACAAGGAGGGCAAGGAGAGGGACCGUGAGAAGAGGUUCAGCUUCUUUGGAAAGAAGAAAUAAAACAUUUGUAAAACAACAACAUCAAGGAAAAUUAUAUUCCUCAAAAUUCCAACAAACUGAAACAGGCAGAAAUGAAAGCACUCUUGUCGCAUAAACGCAUCGCUGUUGGCCGGGGUCCUGAGUGGUUUGUCUAAUUUCUGGCUCACACAGAGCUUGCUCUUUCUCGCUCUCUCCUCUCUUUUUUAAUUUGUCAUCUCUUUCUCUUUCGUAUCUCUCUUGCCUUCUCCAUCUCUCACGUUUGGCUUCAUCCUACCAAUGUAAGCCCUUGUCCAUAGCUUUAGUUGCAUUUUCAGCCGAUACGCAGGGUUUGUUGAUCAGAGUCACUAAUAAGAACUCUCUUUGACCUCAUCAUCGGGGGAAACCAAGGGGUUUGUUGGGAGAGGAGAGGGCAGGGGGUGGUUAGCAUUAGCAGAACUGAGAGGCUAAGAGGACCCUCAAAGUCAAUUCUCUUUCAUUCACCCACACUGGAUAAUUUGUUGGUUUAAAUUAGUCCUGGCUCAACCAAUCUUUAGACAAGCAAAAUAUUUGAAUGCUGUUUUACCAAUAACAGAGAAACUGUUAUAAAGAGUGCUGUCCCCAGGUCCCCUCUUCCAGUCUCUCCUUUUCUCUAUCGUGCUCCUUGGGAAGCCCCAUAUCUUUUCCUUUUUUUUGGUAUUGGUGUUAUUAUUAUUUAUCUUUUUGCUGUUGCAGGUUUUGAGGGGGGGGGAUUAAAAUAAAUGAUUUAAAGAGUAUGUCAGUAGAUUUCUUGAGUCAUGUUGCAGAGCAAAACAAGAGUUUGAUCUACGGGACCAUGUUGCUGUUUCUUUUGUUGAGGAAAGACCAUUAUUGAGGUGUUUUAAAAAGAAAGCUCAGUAAAUUUGAGCAGUGUGCAGUAAGUGAUUUUCACCAGUGGGAAAUUAUAUAUAUUUAAAGUGGUUUUAUUUUAACUUGGAUCUUGCCUGUAUUUGAUUUCGUUCUUCUGAGGGAUUAUUUCUGAUUUAGAAUUUUGUUGUUUCUUUUCAAACCAGAGAGAGUUUGCUUUCUAGUAAGGGUGAGAGUGGGAGUUAUGGUGAUGUGGGUUUUGCAUGUGUUUUUUUUUUAAUUCUAAAUCCGAAGCGUCCAGUUGGAUGCUGCAUUUCUGACUUAACUUACACGCACACACUCACCAUAUAUACAUACACACACACACACACACACACACACACACACACACACACACACACACGCUCAAAGAAGUUGUUGGGAUGGCUUUCUUUAAGGAUUCUUUUUUUUUUGGUUUUUGUUUUGAAUAUGUAGAUGACAAUGCUAAUUAAUGAAUUAAACAUUCCUCCUAGAUGAUCUUCAGACUUCA